AUGGAAACAACCUUUGAAUCAAUGAGAUGCCCUGAUGAACAUAAGGUGGCAUGUGCAACAUACGUGUUACAAAAAGAUGCAGAACUGUGGUGGUCGGAUAACAAACAGAGCAUCAACCCGAGCGGGGGAAUUACAACAUGGGAGACCUUUAAGGAAGCCUUUCUAAAAUACUAUUAUCCAAAGGAAACCCGUAUAAAGAAACAGCAAGAGUUUAACCACUUAACCCAAGGUGAUCGCACGGUGGAUCAGUACGAUCAGGACUUCAUGAGAUUGAGAAGGUUUACACCGUCUUUAGCCGAUACUGAAGAGAAACAGACAGAAAAAUUUGUGUUAGGAUUGAAUCCGAAAACCCGCCGCAUGUUAGAGGCCUUUAACCCAAAAACCAAUGAAGAAGCCCUAAGGACGGCUAAGGCCCUAGAGGAACCCUCAGAGGAAAAGAAAACAGAGCCAACGGUCGCCACGGGGAGGAAACGCCCCGUCGAGGUCGAUACCACAGAGUUCCAACCACCGUUCCAUAGACCUCGAUAUUAG